AUGAUGUGUGAUGCUGUGGUCCCCUGGCUGGGGGAGGAACACGAUGAAGCUUCCGUGGGCUCCAUCCUAGGGGAAAGCCAGAGAUUCCCUGAUGGUAGCUACGUCGCCCUCUCGCUGGGUGUUGUGAAGGAAUCUCUCUCACCCGGGCAAGACCUCGUCAUAGCUACCUUUGGUCUCUACUUCCCCAGGAAAGAGUACUCGGAGAAUGUCUACAUGGAUCAGCCAGCAGGUACCCCGCUCCUGCGCAUCCACGCCUUGAGAGAUUCGCAUGGGGAGGUGGCCCGCUUUCAUCUGUGCCAGAAUCUCAUCAUUUCUCGAGCAAGAUCCCUUGCAAAUAAUUGGUUUCAAAUCAGAGAGAAAACAGGGCUUCUCUACCUCAGCAAAAGCCUGGAUAGAGAAGACUUUAACAUGCUGCCUGUAGGAAACUGGAUACCAUUAUCAAAGGUGGUGCUGUAUGUCUUCCUUUCAUCCCACCCUUUCCAAGAGAAGGAAUGCGACUCUGCGAUGCGCACCACUGUUUUCCUCUCCUUGAUCAAUGCUACUGCACCAGCUUGCGGUUCCCUGACAGCAAGGCAGCUUUGCUUCACAGAAAUGGAUCUCUCCUUUCACAUCAAGGAGAAUAAACCACCUGGCACAUUUCAUCAGCUCCAGUUACCCUCAGUUCAUCAUCUGUGUCAGAAUCUCAGCAUUUCCUACAAACUGCUGUCAGCUGAAGGCGUGCCCUUCCGAUACAAUGAGAACACCACUGGCGUGAGUGUGACGCAGCGCCUGGAUCGGGAGGAGAGAGAGCGAUACGAGCUGAUUGCCAAAUGCACCGUGAGAGAGGGCUUCAGGGAAAUGCAGGUGGAGGUGCCUUUCCUGGUGAAUGUAUUGGACGAGGAUGACUCUCCUCCCUUCCUUCCCAAUGGCACCGAUACCGCAGACGCUGUCGUGGAUUUCCAGCGUCAGGCUGGAACUGUCCUUGCAACGCUAACUGUAUACGAUGCAGACACCACACCUAUUUAUCCCCUUGAAAGCAGCAGAAAGAAAUACACAGGAACCAUCGUUACUGAUGAUCCCUGGAUAAGUGAAACGUUUCGGGUAGAGCACAUCUUCAAUGAAAUCCACUUCAGCCCAAAUGGCAGCCAAGUGAGGGGAACUCAACACGAGUACAAACUGGUACUGAAUAAAAGCAUUUCAGUCACAGAGCAUCGUUCCUUCCAGUUGGAUGUUUUGGUGAACGACACAGAAUUUCACGGCCCAGAAAGAUCGGUGAUGCUUCACUUCAAUGUCUCCAUCCUCCCUGUCAGCAUUCAGUUUCCAAACAUGACUUACCAGUUCACAGUGAACAGAAAUGCUGAACGUUUUGCACAAAUAGGAAAAAUCUGCAUUGAAAACUGUAUGAAGUUCCAUGGCGUGAACAUCAGCUACAAGUUACUGUCCCCCAGUGCAAGCUGCUAUCCUGUCAGCAUACUUCAAGGGCGAGAAGACAAAUGGGGCAGCCUUUAUGUGAAUGAUUCCUCUGUGCUACGCAUCCCCGAAUGUAAGGAAAUACAAUACACUGUUCAAGCUACAGACAGACAGAGCAGGAAACAUGCAAAAACCCUCCUCACUAUUGUACUGGAAGGAACUCUUUUAAAAAAAGAGGAGGACUGCCCGGACUCUUGUGCCGUAAGUAAGCACCAUGCUGAAUGUGAAGAGUGCGGUGGCCUGGGAGUGCUGACGGGAAGGUGCCAGUGGAGACAGGGGAGUGGAAAAGGGAUCACCACAAACUAUUCCACAUGCACCCCGAGUAUCAAGACCUGUCCCGAUGGCACCUGCGAUGUGGUUGAGAGCAAAGACCCGGCUGUGUGCCCCCAAGACUGCACAAGCGGAAACAUUAUUGGUGGUCAUGGGAAAGGCAUUGGAAAUCUUGGAAUUAAGUCAGGACAUGGGAUUUGUUACUGCUUCCCAAGACAGAACUGUUAUUGUGAGAAAGAUGAUAUCAAGGAGCAACUGUGUGAUGAGGUGUGCAAGACGGUGAUAGCAGGGGCAGUGCUGCUGUCCUUCAUCAUCUCCGUGCUGCUUUCUUCCUAUUUCAUCCAUCGUUACCACAAGAAUUCUCCAAAGCCACCUAUUGCGUCUGCAGAAAUGACGUUCCGGCGCCCAGCCCAGUCCUACCCCAUCAGUUAUUCUUCCACUAACGUCCGCCGGCCUUCUUUAGAUUCCAUGGAGAACCAGGUGUCCGUAGACACCUUUAAAAUACCAGAAGAUCCAAAGUGGGAAUUCCCUCGGAAGAACCUGGUUCUGGGCAAGACUCUUGGAGAAGGAGAAUUUGGAAAGGUCGUCAAGGCAACAGCAUUCCGACUCAAGGGAAGAGCUGGCUAUACCACUGUGGCAGUGAAAAUGCUAAAAGAAAAUGCUUCCCAGAGUGAGCUGCGAGAUCUACUUUCCGAGUUCAACCUUUUGAAACAGGUGAACCAUCCGCACGUCAUCAAACUUCAUGGAGCCUGCAGUCAAGAUGGCCCGCUGUAUUUAAUUGUGGAAUACGCUAAAUAUGGCUCCUUGCGCAGUUUUCUCAGGGAAAGUCGAAAAGUAGGACCAAGCUACGUGGGUAGUGAUGGCAACAGAAAUUCCAGUUACUUGGAUAACCCUGAUGAGAGAGCCUUAACAAUGGGAGAUCUGAUCUCAUUUGCAUGGCAGAUAUCCCGAGGAAUGCAGUACCUUGCAGAAAUGAAGCUCGUCCAUCGUGAUUUAGCAGCCAGAAACGUAUUGGUGGCAGAAGGACGCAAAAUGAAGAUUUCUGAUUUUGGCCUCUCCCGUGACGUAUAUGAAGAAGAUUCAUAUGUCAAGAGGAGCAAGGGUCGGAUACCUGUUAAAUGGAUGGCCAUAGAGUCCCUGUUUGAUCAUAUCUAUACAACACAAAGUGAUGUAUGGUCAUUUGGAGUUCUGCUAUGGGAGAUUGUAACUUUGGGAGGCAAUCCCUACCCAGGUAUUGCUCCUGAAAGACUCUUUAACCUCCUAAAAACAGGCUAUAGAAUGGAGAGACCAGAAAACUGCAGUGAAGAAAUGUACAACCUGAUGCUGCGCUGUUGGAAGCAAGAACCUGAUAAAAGACCAACAUUUGCUGAGAUCAGCAAGGAACUAGAGAAAAUGAUGGUGAAGAGUAGGGACUACUUAGAUCUUGCGGCUUCCACGCCUUCCGAUUCCUUGCUUUAUGACGAUGGGCUCUCAGAAGAGGAAACGCCACUCGUGGACUGUAAUAAUGCUCCCCUCCCUCGAACCCUCCCUUCCACAUGGAUUGAAAACAAACUCUAUGGCAUGUCAUACCCGAACUGGCCUGAGGAGAGCCCCGUUCCACUCACAAGAUUCGAUGGUACUAACUCUGUGUUUUCAAGAUAUGCAAAUGAUAGUGUAUAUGCUAACUGGAUGGUUUCACACUCAGCGGCAAAAUUUAUGGACAAGUUUGAUAGCUAAAAUUUUCUUUGCAAAAGGUAAUGGACUCCUGAGGGGAACAAAGAUGCAAAGAAUGGAAAGUCCAUUGGCUCAUUCUUUGUACAAUCAACAACUAACUUUUAAAUUGGCAAACCCUUUUACUGGUAGUUUCUAAAGUGUGUUAUUCAUGCUGAAGACUAUAAUUGGUGAUUUCCCCUUUCAGAAAACAUAUCAAGCUGGGUAAGAGUUGUAGUUCCAGUACUUCUUUCUAGAUUGCCAUUCUGCAUAUGGUUCCAUUUGGCAACUUCUUAGUGCAAAUGGCCCCGCACUUCAUCCUCGCUGUUUUUUAGACUAAACGUCCUGUGUUACAGCUUUCUUGGAUGGGAAAAUGUACUCGAACUGCUACUUUUAUAGUGGCUGUUAGCACAUGACCGCUUGACCUAAGCAGGAAGCACAAACAAUAUAUGGAAGGGAGGGGGGAAGCAGGCUCCCAAAUUACUGAGCUUUCUAGCAAACGAGAAGUGUUACGAUGAUGUUGGCACUAACAAAGCCUGCAUCUUGGUUUGGAAGCAAACAUGAAGUAACUCAAUAGAGGACUUGAGAUUCAACAUUUGAAGUCUUGUAAAUGUAUUGUCUUGUCUUAAUGAGAAGAGAGUUUGUUUUAUUAGUCUUAACUUCUCUUACCUUUAGCACAAUGGAGAUAAAUUUGAUACAAGCUAAGCUGUAUAGACUGAUGGCAAUCAAGAGUGUUCAUCUGACACAAUUUACUUUUCAUCACCUACAACUUACUAACAUUAGAACGUACAAUCUUGUACAAUCAUAAUUCCUCUUAUGAGUUCAAAAUAGACUGUACGGGAUUUUUAGAUUGAAUUCAAGUAAAGAGAUUUU